AGCUUGGAGGGCUGUGCCAUGUCCUUCCAGAGCAUCAUCCACCUGUCCCUGGACAGCCCUGUCCAUGCCCUUUGUGUGCUGGGCAUGGAAAUCUACUUAGAUCUCAGGAGGUGUGCCCCCCAGAAGUGCAAGUCCUUCACCGUCAGCAGCUCCCUGGGGGUCCUGGUCGAUGUCCACAACUCGGUCCCAGUAAUGACCAGGGAGGAGGUGGCCACCACCCUGUGGCCCCUGUCUGAUUCCAUGGAUGUGCUGGUGAAGAUGCUGUCCCCCAGCUCUGCCAUCGACGGGGACAAGGUCUUGGUCUCGUACCACCAGCCCGACGAGGAGGUCCCGGUGGCCACAGCUACGCUCUACCUCACUGGCAUUGCUGUCUCCCUGGAUGUGGAUGUCUACCGCAGAGGGCAAGUCGAGAUGGCAAGUGACAACUGGGCUAAGAGAAACUGGGUCUGGGGCCCCAGUGGCUGGGGCGCCAUCCUGCUCGUGAACUGCAGCCCGGCUGACAUGGGCCAGCUCGCAGACAGGAACACCACGAAGGCGUUCUUCCCAGAGGAGAUGAAGAAUCUGUCCCAGAUGACGCUGAGCGUUCAAGGGCCCAGCUGCAUUUUAAAGAAACACCGGCUGGUCCUCCACACCUCCGAGGACGAGGCCCAGAGGGCGAGAGUCUACCAGCCCCAGAAAGAUGGCUCCAGCACCUUUGAGUUGGUGGUGGGGCCCGGCCGGCACACCUACACCCUGCCCCCCCUCGAGAGCCCCUUGAAGGAAACCUUCUACGUGGAAGCUGUGGAGUUCCCGUCCGCCAGCUUCUCGGGCCUGAUCACCUACUCCGUCUGCCUAGUGGAAGAGCCUCCGGACCCGUCAAUUCCAGAGACCCUCGUGUACAAGGACACCGUAGUAUUCCGGGUGGCUCCUUGCAUCUUUAUUCCCAGCACCCAGAUGCCUCUAGAGGUUUACCUGUGCAGAGAGCUGCAAGUCCAGGGUUUUGUGAACACAGUGAUGGAGCUGAGUGAGAAGAGUAACAGCCAGGUGGCAUCUGUCUAUGAGGACCCCAGCCGCCUGGGCAGGUGGCUCCAGGAUGAGAUGGCCUUCUGCUACACCCAGGCCCCCCACAAGACGAUUUCCUUGGUUCUCGAUACCCCUCGGGUCCUCAAGCUCGAAGAUUUCCCCAUGAAAUACUCACUGAGCCCUGCAGUUGGCUACAGGAUCCAGCGCACUGAGGACCACAGGGUGGCCAGCAUGGACUCCAUUGGGAACCUGACAGUGUCCCCACCUGUCACGGUCGGAGGGAAAGAGUACCCCCUAGGCAGGAUCCUCAUUGGCAGCAGCUUUUACCCCAGCAAGGAGGGCCGGGACAUGGGCAAGGCCCUCCGGGACUUCCUCUAUGCACAGCAAGUCCAGGCCCCGGUGGAGCUCUUCUCAGACUGGCUGAUGGUCGGCCACAUAGACGAGUUCAUGUGCUUCAUCCCCACCCAGGACAAGCGUGAGGGUGACAAGGGCUUCCGGCUGCUCCUGGCCAGCCCUAGCUCCUGCUACCAGCUGUUCCAGGAGAAACAGAAGGAGGGCUAUGGGGACAUGCACCUGUUUGAAGGGGUCAGGGCAGACCAGCUCCUUUCUAACGGGAGGGAGGCCAAUACCAUCCAUCAACUCCUGGCUGAUGAAAACAUGAGAAGGCAGAAUGACUAUGUGCAGAAAUGCAUCAACCUGAACCGCGAUGUCCUGAAGGCGGAGCUGGGCCUGGCGGAGAGGGACAUCAUUGACAUCCCACAGCUCUUCUGCUUGGAGCAGCUGACCAACGCCCCCUCCGACCAGCAGACCGGGAAACUCUUUGCGAGGCCAUACUUCCCCAACUUGCUGCAGACGAUUGUGAUGGGCAAGAACCUGGGCAUCCCCAAGCCUUUCGGGCCCCAGAUCAAGGGUACCUGCUGUCUGGAAGAAAAGAUCUGCCAGCUGCUGGAGCCCUUGGGCUUCCAGUGCACCUUCAUUGAUGACUUUGACUGCUACCUGACUGAGAUCGGAGACUUCCGCGCCUGCGCCAACGUCCGCCGGGUACCCUUUGCCUUCAAAUGGUGGAGGAUGGUGCCAUAGGCCCGGACGUAGAGCUGCCAGCCCUGUCGCGGCAUGAAUGGCCCAGUCUCACCAUGCCCCAGCGCUCUGAUUCCUUGCCUGUUGGAGGACU